CGAGUCCUCUCACUUCUGUUCAACUUCAACUUCCCUUGCCUGCAAAGAAGUGUUUAGAGAGAGAGAGAGAGAGAGAACAAAGCAAAGGAUAAAGAAAAGAACAAACUGAUAAGUUAAAAAACAGAGCAACUUCUCUGUUCUGAUACUUUCCUUCUCUCUCUCUCUCUCCAGACUUUUGCUCUGUCUCAAAUCUUGUUUCAGAGCUCACUUUGAAUUUCAAAUUUGAUUAUAAGCUACUUUGGGCUUGGUCUGCUUCUGGGUCUUAUUGAUUUUGUUGUCACUCUCUGCAUUGUAUAUGGGUUUUGCUUAAGAAAGUUAUUGGUUUUGGAAAAUAUAGGAGAAUCUAGCAAUAAAAAUGUCUUGGAAAAGCAAAGGAGAGCAUUCUUCUAGAAGUGUUAUAUCACAAAAAUGGUCCCUCUUUCUUUGUUUGGGCAGUUUCUGUGCUGGAAUGCUCUUCACCAAUAGGAUGUGGACUGUUCCUGAGCCUAAAGGUAUCACACGGACAACGGCAAUGGAAGCUGAAAGAUUAAAACUGGUUUCAGAGGGCUGUGAUCCAAAAAUUUUGCAUCUGAAGGAAGUAAAGCGUGAAUCCAAGGAAAUUUUGGGGGAAGUUUUUAAGACUCAUAAUGCUAUACAGACAUUAGACAAGACUAUUUCAAGUUUAGAGAUGGAAUUAUCUGCCGCCAGGGCAGCUCAGGAGUCUAUACGAAGUGGCUCUCCUUUGUCACAAGAUCUAGAGAAGAGUGAAUCACCUGGGAAAAGAAAGUAUCUAAUGGUCAUAGGAAUAAAUACUGCUUUCAGCAGCCGGAAAAGACGAGAUUCAGUUCGUGCAACAUGGAUGCCACAAGGUGAAAAGAGAAAGAAGCUGGAGGAAGAGAAGGGCAUUAUUGCUCGGUUUGUCAUUGGUCAUAGUGCCACAUCAGGGGGUAUUCUAGACAGAGCUGUUGAAGCUGAGGACAGAAAGCAUGGAGAUUUGCUAAGGCUGGAUCAUGUUGAAGGUUACCUGGAAUUGUCUGCCAAGACAAAGAUAUAUUUUGCUACUGCUGUUGCUUUGUGGGAUGCAGAUUUCUAUAUUAAAGUUGAUGAUGACGUACAUGUAAAUAUAGCAACACUUGGAGAAACUCUAGUUAGACAUCGAUCAAAACCACGGGUAUAUAUUGGAUGCAUGAAAUCUGGUCCUGUCCUUAAUCAAAAGGGAGUGAGAUACCAUGAACCUGAGUACUGGAAAUUCGGUGAGGCUGGGAACAAGUAUUUCCGUCAUGCUACAGGACAGCUCUAUGCUAUUUCCAAAGAUCUGGCAACUUAUAUAUCAAUAAACCAGCAUGUUCUACACAAGUAUGCUAAUGAAGAUGUCUCACUGGGAUCUUGGUUUAUUGGACUUGAUGUGGAGCAUAUCGAUGAUCGGAGACUAUGUUGUGGCACUCCACCUGAUUGUGAGUGGAAGGCUCAGGCAGGCAAUGUCUGUGUAGCUUCGUUUGAUUGGACCUGCAGUGGAAUUUGCAGGUCUGCUGAUAGGAUUAAGGAAGUUCAUCGGCGGUGUGGGGAAGGUGAAAAUGCUUUGUGGAGUGCUUCUUUCUGAGAUGCAGCGGCUUGGACUUCUUCCAAACUCAGGAGGAUGAUAAGCAAGAGUAGUUAAGUAACCAUGCUUUUUUUUUUUUUUUUGCCCUGUAUUUUUGUGUGAGUAUAGAGAGUAUAUCAUCUUACAGUAAGAGAGAGAGAGAGAGAGAGAGAGAGAAGAGGGGCCUUGCUACAAGGACAUUCUUUAUUUUAAGAGAGGAGAUUGCCCAUAGUAGCAGCCAGAAAAGGAAGCAAGAGAUAGUCAACACCCAUUCUUUGAUGCUUGGAAGGCCAAUUUGUAAGUUACAGUUCCAUGGCUAUCAAGCUUUUAAUAAAAUAUAAAUAUCUGGUGGCUUUUGGCACCCUUCCUUAC